AGUUGCUCAAAUAGUUGAAAAUCUCCCCUUUUCUAAAGGAAAACAAAUUCAAAAAUCAUAUCAUUAUAAUUUUUUUUUCUCCAUUUAUAUAUAUAAGAAGUUUGAUCUCCUCAUAGAGCUCUUGCCCACCUUCAUCAAUCAUCAUCUUCUUCAUCUCUGCUCCUCUCAGAUCAGCUUCUUCAGCUCACAUACAUGAACAAGAUAUAAAUUUAUCUGUAUCAUCAAUGGGCUUCAAGUCUCUAACUCUUCAAAUGGUUCCCAUGUGCCUGCACGUCUCCAUCCGGCCGGAGGAGGACCUUCCCACGGCGAAGCCGACCUCUCCUGCCACCGUCCGCCUCAUCCUCUCCAACGGUCGAGUCCGAGUAUUCCGGAGAUCUUUGCCGGCGGAGGAGCUCAUGGCCUCCAAUCCCCUGCAUCUCGUCUGCCGCUCCGACUGUUUCUUCAUCGGACAGAAGGUUCCGCCGCUGGCCGCCGGGGACCUACUCAUACCAGGCCAAAGUUACUUCCUUUUACCUUCUGACUUCUUCUCCUCUGCCCUUUCCUUCGUCUCUCUCGUCUCCUCCUUCUCUUCCUCCGGCGCCUCCCCCAGCAAGCUUCUUCUUCUCCGGCCCUUCGAGAUCCAGAAAACGGCCGAAGGAAAGCUUCAGUUGAGAGUCUCCGAUGAGUUCGUCGAGCGGUUGGGGGAAGAGGAGGAUGGGGAGGAGAAGAAGAAAGAAGGAAUGGUUUGUACUACAGAGGAGAUGGAGAGAGAGUAUAGAGAGCUGGUCGUGAGAGCCAAGCUUUGGAAGCCGAAGCUGGAGACGAUAAGUGAGUCGGAGAGGAAGAGAAGAGGUGGCGGUGGAGUUGGGUUUACAGGGAUUAGGAGGAAGGAGAAGAAGAACCACACCAAUAAUCGAGCCUUGAAAAUAGCACAUUGAAAUUGAAGAAAGCGAGGAGGAGGCGAAGUUUGACUUAGUCAACGUAGAAACAAAGCUUAUUUUUCAUUUUUCGAAAACUCUUCGGCGGACGUAAGAAACAAAGCCGACAAAAUAGCCGUCAAAGUCGGACCUUUUUUUUUUUUUGGGAAUAAAGUCGGACCUUUUUCAAAGUAGCUUUCCCUAUUCCCACGUGGGAACCUACAAUAAAUAUUAUUGAUAUUAUUUUAUUUUGGCAUCAA